AUGAUCAGAGCGUUUGCUGUCUCAUUAACUUUUUUGUAUUAUGCGACCUUCGGAAUUCCACUGAGACAUCAUGCAUUUUCUCCGGAAAGUGUUACCGACUACUUCAGUUCUUCAGGUAGGUGAGCCCAGGCAACUUUUGGCCUGCCAUUUCAGCUACCAGACCUUAAUCUCAUAGGAACUGCCGUUCUAACAAGAACACAGAAAUUGUAUAUGUGGAAAGUUGAAUUAGGUGUGUGCCAAUCGAAAUUUUUUUCUCAAAAUCCGUAGUUGUGCUAUCCAAAUGCAUAGUAAUCCGCAAAGUCUGUGCGGCGUUUGUGCGCGAAUGCAGUUUCCUGUGUUACUUUAAUCACGCUGUCUACUUACAAGGUCACAUCACUUGUGCUAAGUUUCUUUGCUUUUCAAGCAAAUCACACACCCUCUUAGUUUCCCCUAUACAUAUGUAUACAUCUGAAAUGAAAGGCUGCAGUUCCUGGUGAAAAAUUUGCAAAGAGAAAGAGCUCAUCGGAGCAGGUCUUAUGCAUUGUUGACGGUUUGGAUGGCUAAGUCUAUUCACAGAAACGUCAACAGCAUAAUAAACCUGUUUCGAUGAGCCUUUUAUUGUUCUUACAUUACCUAUAUAAUUGCUUGUGUCCUCUAAUAUUGCCGGGGAAAUUUGGGCGAAUUUGGGAAAGAUUUACCGGAACAGAGCUUGUUGAGUGAGGCCAAAGGUAUUAGGCAGGGAUUUUAUGUGAUAAACAUCAACUUCAGAGAAGAACACGAGUGACGUCCGCUCCCGCAAACCUGGGCAAUAUAUGCUUCACAGGCCGAAAAUAAUUGAAUUUACAUACCAACAAGAGUAUGAAUUAGGAGCUAUGAGACCGCUUGACUUUAUUGAGAUAUAAUUCGGAAGUCCUAUUCGGAACAUUUUAAGAAAUUGCGCUCUGUUUUCUGUACAGCAGCAGUGUUCGUCAUAUAUGGCUAAAAAUUAUCUAGGGAAUGGUGUUGAGAGCCGAAGUCGCCAUAUUGUUUUUCGUGUAGUGACACCAACUCGUAAAAUGCCCCAGCAUAUAUUUAUGCUCAAUCUUGCCAGGAUAGAGAUUGGCGGGAUUGUUGCCAGAGCAGAAUAUCCCUUUCUAAAAUUGUAAGUCGCGGACAUGAGGAUAGUUUUUAAAUGGGAAGAGUAAUGAAGAAAUGGGUCUACAUAUUUAUUCGUGAUGAUCAUAUUUCAGCCCAAAACUGCAACUUCCUUGCUCGGCUAUGCUAGUCGGCUUUAUAACAACCUUUUCAAGCUGCAUUACCUACACACAUACUUUUCAAUUGUUUUGACGAGAAGCAAAAGUGGGAAUAGAAAACGUAUUCUUUAGCGCCCGUCAUUCUCAUUUUCUGCUGUGAUAGUAAGGCAUCUGUAUCUUAGUAUCUUUCCCAGUGCAUUUUCGUCUCACUGGCGUUCUUAUGGGUAAAAAUUUACCCUCUCUUUCAACAACGGGAUGUUACGGCAAAUAGCAAAUUAUUAUACUUUUCCCUUUUGUAAUUUUCACUAUCGUAGUUGCUGCUGCUUAGGUGUCCUAAAUGUAAUGCGGAUGCCAGUUGGUAACUUAAAAUAAACGUUUUGAUAUGACAGAGUCGGCUUACAUUUGUAGACGACAACGACCCAAUGCAUGGGAUCUUUCCCAAUCAAAAUCUAAAACUAACACAGUGGGAUGUCGGUAAUCGAGAAUUUAAACGACAAAGUAAGUUUUGGAUUUUUCAGCCACAUUUUCAGGUCAAAAAGGUCGUCGUGGAUUUGCAUCUUAUGAUGAGCUGUUUAGCAAAUUUGAAUUGCCGCAACCCGAGUUUCUCGGUUGA